AUGCUACAGUCUGGAAAACACCAUCGCUAUAUUCUACACAUAGAGGCCUCUCAACAAUACGGGAAACACUAUCGCUAUAUGCUACACAUAGAGGCAUCUCAACAAUACGGGAAACACCAUCGCUAUACGCUACACAUAGAGGCAUCUCAACAGUCUGAGAAACACCAUCGCUAUAUGUUACACGAAGAGGCAUCUCAACAGUCUGAGAAACACCAUCGCUAUAUGUUACACGCAGAGGCAUCUCAACAGUCUGAGAAACACCAUCGCUAUAUGUUACACGCAGAGGCAUCUCAACAGUCUGAGAAACACCAUCGCUAUAUGUUACACGCAGAGGCAUCUCAACAGUCUGAGAAACACCAUCGCUAUAUGUUACACCAAAAACUACACAUGAGCGAAUGGUGCGGUGCUGAAUGUGGGGAGAUUAACAUUGCAAGGAAGUUAAAGGCCUGUUCAACCGUGGCAUCUUUUCUGCCAACCGACCAGGCGGACGCAGCAGCAGGGAAGGGGGACCGCAGCCAUUCCCGGAGAAAUCAGCCCCUUCGAGAGCAUGAGUCCCCAGAGAGCAGUCAGGCGCAGGCGCAAAGCUCAACGGAAGUAGGAACAGGGAAAGGGGGCGUGGCCUGGCCUCACGGAGGCGUGCACGCUCCCGCUUGGCUCCUGCGGGAAGCGGGCGGGCGGCUGCGCGCGCAGUCCAGCUCAGGCUCCUCCCCUCCCGGCUCCCGAGCCCCCGAGUGGCCGGCUUCUUCUCCGCCCUCCGAGAUGGCGCUGGACCCCGCAGAGCAGCAUCUCAGACAUGUGGAGAAAGAUGUUCUGAUCCCCAAAAUAAUGAGAGAAAAGGCCAGAGAGAGGUGUGCUGAACAAGUUGAAGAUUUUACCAGAUGUUGCAAGGACUCUGGAAUCCUUAUGGUGGUAAAAUGCCGGAAAGAAAAUUCUGCACUGAAAGACUGUCUAACUGCUUACUAUAAUGAUCCAGCCUUCUAUGAAGAAUGCAAACUGGAAUACCUCAAGGAAAGGGAAGAAUUCAGAAAAACAGGAGUUCCUACCAAGAAGAGGCUACAGAAGCUUCCCACGAGCAUGUAGGCAAAUAGUGAGUCAGGAAGCCACUUGCAAUAUAACCCAAAAAUAAUGGACUGAAAAAAAAUGUUUGCUCACCUAAUCAUGAACUACUGAUUCUUUUGUAUGAAAUAAAAUUCUUUAUUUCAGA